AUGGAAUUUAAAUUAGUUUUUAUACAUGUCUUAAUUUUUUUAAUUACUGUAAAUGGGUACGGUGAUUUAAUAUAUAAUCGUACUGAACUUUUUGAUGAUGAGUUAUUUAAAGAAGUGUUAGAUCGUCGGGAGUGUGCCGCGCAGGUUGCAUAUAUUAGGCUAAGAGAUCCCGCCCUAUUGGGUCGAUUCAAAGAUGCGGGCUACAGAUUUCCGCGAAGUUUACAAAAAGGGAAUGUAGUAGAUAUAGGCAGCUACUACGAAUGUUUAGGUAUAGAGAAGAGUGUACGAAAUAUGACUAUUGAAGGGAAAUUUUGUAUGGUAAGGAUACCAUUUCUCCAAUUUGUUAGUCUGCUCCCGGUAGAGAUUCCAGGAAUACCAUUGUCACAAUUAAGUUCAAGUAUUGAUAAUAACACAUAUAAUGAUCUGAUGAUGCUAAAGAGCUUGGAGAGUCAAAUACAACGUUUUUCAGGAAUGACAUCGGAUAUCCAGGAAGGAACUGAAGAAGUAAAUCCAACUUUUGAUGCCAGUAUACGAUUUGCAGUGUGUAUUCCAAAACCUUGUUCUUUAGAGAAUGCACUGGAUUUCUUAUUAAAAUUCCAACCAACAAAUUUGCAAGUGGAAGAAGGUUAUUGUAGACUUCCUAAUGACAAACCCUGGGCUUCUGCAGAUUACGUUACUGUAUCUUUAUUUUCAUUUCUUGGUUUACUUCUGCUAUUAAGCACUUCUUACGAUAUUCAUCAACAAAUAUUCUUAAAAAAAGAUCCAAAAAAGAUGAACAAGCUUCUUCAAUCUUUUUCCGUUUAUACUAACACUCGAAGGUUGAUGACUUACACACCUGUAGCUGGAUCUCUUGAAUGUUUGGAUGGUGUUAGAGCAUGUGCAAUGAUUUGGGUCGUCAUAGGACACGCAUAUAUCACUCAUAUAAUAUCAGCACCAAUGCAUAAUCCAUUGAAAAUAGCAGAAUUUAUACAAUCAUUCUGGUCAUUAUGGAUAACAGCAGCCCCCAUUACGGUGGACACCUUCUUCGUGAUCAGUGGCAUCCUACUGGUAUAUAGUACAGUAGGCAAAGUCACAGGAGCAAAGCUCAUGAAAAACCUCCACUUGUUCUAUUUAAGUCGAUUUCUUCGACUGUUCCCUGUUCUGGCUACCUGUGUACUCCUUCAAGCUUCACUCUUCCAUCGUGUAUCAGACGGACCUGCAUGGGAGGCAGUAGCACAGCAAACGCUGCAUUGUAGAAAAUCAUGGUGGCCUACUUUAUUGUACAUACAGAAUUAUUAUAGUCCCUUAUACAUGUGUCUACCACAUUCUUGGUAUCUGGCGAUAGAUUUUCAACUCUUCAUAAUAUCUCCUUUCGUUCUAUACUUUGUGGUCAGCAGUAACAAGAAAACAGCUUGGAUUACAUUAAGCACUUGUCUAAUUGGUACUCUUAUAGGAGCCACAAUAUAUAACUUUAUUAUGGGAUUUAAAGCUGGACCUUUUACUCUUAGCCCAAUUAAGGAAGGUCAACCAGAUUACUUUACUUAUUAUUAUAUAAACCCGCUCACAAGGUCGCCGCCGUUUUUCGUGGGAAUGAUAUUUGGAUAUAUUCUGCAUACUUAUCGUGGAAAGAAGAUAUAUAUCCCAAAAUUACAAGUUGCUCUCCUAUGGUUCCUGGCAUUAAUUGUCUCAUCUGGAAUACUUUGUGCUAACUACCCUGCUUUACAAAGGGACUGGGACAAUCAGACGGUUGAUAAUAUACUCAAUUCAUUCAUGAGGCCACUUUGGGGUUUGUGUGUUUGCUGGAUGGUGUUUGCCUGUGUGCAUGGAUAUGGAGGUCCUGUUAACUGGGUGUUGUGUCUUCCUAUGUGGAAGGUGUUGGCGAGAUUAUCUUAUGCUAUGUACAUUUUUCAUUAUCCACUUAUGAUUCUGGUUAAUGGUACCUCAGUAACUCCUGUAUACAUGUCAGAUGAAACUGCUAUUCGCAAGUUUAUGUCAGAUAUCAUAAUUGCAUUUUUGACUGCAUACAUAGUUACAAUGUUUGUAGAUGCACCCUGCUCUGUGCUGAUAAAGUAUUUUAUGGGAGGUUAG